GGAGUGACGUUUCAUUAUCACUAACAAUUUACACCGGGGAACGUCAGCCUCAGCUGUACCCAAACCCUGCAAGCCUAGCCGUCAACAAGAGGAAUACCUAAUAGGAGCUCCCCUUUUUGAUAAAAACAAAGUAUAUCCAAAAGUGCAGGCUUGUCAAGCUACCACCGAUUAUUCUCUCGGUGAAUUCUUGACAAGAUGCCGGCCUACAACUCCAUGUUCAACAAUGACCCCAACAUCCCGCGUCUAAUAGGGAACUUCCCUCUCCUCCCCCUCCGCACCAAGACCCGCGGACCCGCGUACGUGCUGCCGCAGCCCAACCCGCCGCUCCCCGCGAACGAGAGCCCCGACCCGGACGCCGAGUCCUACGACAUCCUCGACGAGGUGCUCUCGCUCUUCCGCGCCAACACCUUCUUCCGCAACUUCGAGAUCCAGGGCCCCGCCGACCGCCUGCUCAUCUACGGCAUCCUCUUCGUGAGCGAGUGCCUCGGCAAGAUCCGCCCCCAGCACUCCCUGAGGGACGCCACCAAGGAGGUCCUCAACACCGCCUUGGACCUCAACUUCGCCAUCCCGGGCGACCCCGCGUUCCCCCUAAACCAGAUCUACGAGCCCCCGCGAGACAGGCAGGAUGCCGAGCAACUACGACAGUAUCUCUCCCAGGUACGACAAGAACUAGCUUCGCGGUUACUAGCACGAGUUUACGAAGAAGAUGACGCGAAGCCGAGCAAGUGGUGGUUGAGUUUCACGAAGAGAAAGUUUAUGGGCAAGUCGUUGUAAGGAGAGGAUACCGCCUCUACAAUUCACAGGGAUAUCAAGUGUCGAAUAUCAAAAGAAGCCUGCCAAGCUGUCAAGCAAAGAAUUCUUGUUAUAGGGGUAUCGAUCGCAAGU